AUGAGCGCAGGUGGAUCAGCUCCGGUCCUGCGGCUCCAAGACCGGUGCGAGUUCACCGGUUACGGACGUGGCACCGUUCUCUUUGUGGGUCAAACUAGCUUUGCGCCUGGACUUUGGGUCGGUGCACAUCUCGACGAGCCGCGAGGAAAGAAUGAUGGCACGGUACAAGGCAAGCGAUACUUUGACUCACUUCCAGGACAUGGCUUAUUUGCGAGGAUAAGCCAAGCGCGUCUCUUGCGACCAGAGGAGGACUCUGGACAUAAUGAAUAUGAGGAGGCGGAUCAGGAUUACGAAGGUCCAAGAGACGAGCCGAUGGACGAAGAAGAGCUCAUGCCCCCACCCUCCAGGCCUGCGCCGCGCAUCUCGCGUGUCCCAAGUCCGGUCAAACGGCCUACUGCCAGUGUGAGUGGGCGCGGUUUCGAUCGUGCUUUCGCUUCGGUCGUGCUGAUCGCUGGAACCUCCUUGCUGCUUCAGAGGCAGACGACGACGACGUCUGUUACACAUUCAGAGGCAGCUCGUCCGCGCUCCUCGCUGGCCCCAAGAAAGCUUGUCUCUCCCCAAAAGGCUGGCACUGCGGUCAGAUCAGCCAUCGGGGCAAGCGCAUCCCGCGGAAGCAGCCCAACCAAGCGUACUGGUGUAGCAGCCACUCGCACUGUUCAAAGCGCUGCUGUUACCCGCAACACCACACCGGUCGCUUCCGCGGCCACAGCUCGGAUGCAGCGCACCUCGACGGCGCCAGGCUCGGUGGCAAGUGGCGCUGCUAGUCGGGUCGCCGGUGUCACUCCUCGUGCUGUAAAGCCUGGCUCCACAAUCCCGGGUCGAGCACCAGACACAGCAACAGCCAAGGCGGGCUUGCGGCCAGUGCCCAAGCAUCGCCAAUCCAUGGCGCCCCCGAGCGCUCGAGAAAACGCAGCGACGAUACCGAGGGCAACCACCAGAACUCCCACGGCUGCAGCAACUUCGAGAAGCACCUCUGCAGCUUCUUCUGUCGAUGUUGCAAAUAGAACUCCUGGAGCGCGACUUGCUGGCCGUACAGGUAUCACACCACGCGUCACUGCAGGCAGCGCCGCACCAAGCAGCGCUCGCCUCGCUCCACCUUCGACCGCUCGCAGCGCCAGACAGCCGCCUCCUCAGGCCAGGUUGCCCGCUGCCAGCAGACGCACGGCGAUCUCCACCGACGAUGCCGAUGAAGAUAAUGAGGAGGAAUUGAUGAACAUGUCCCUCGACACGGAGUCGUUACCUGGCGCUGAAGGCUUGCUCUCGGACGAAGAGGGCGUGGAAGAGUCUGGAGAGCUGUCGCCAUCGGUUCGCAAGGCGUCAUUAUCAGGCAACAGACCUCGGAUCGACCACAUGUCCCUGUCUUCGGGCCCCAGACCCAGUGCCGCAGAGGUCGGAGCUCUUCAGCGAGAGAUUGAUGAGCUCCGUGCGAGGAACAGAAUCCUGGAGAAGCGCAAAGAAGAGGAUCGAGAGCGCAUUAGAGAGAUGGAGCGCGUCAAAAGCGAUGCCGAUGGCUUUCUUGCUGCGAAGCCCAAGCUUAUGGGUAAGUGUGCUGAAUGUAGCGGAGGCAAAUGGCGCUGGCUGACUCGCGUACCCUGAACGAAUUGCACUGCUUUGCAGCCAAGCAACAAGAGCUCCAAAAUGAAGUCAGAGAUCUGUACAAGCUCGAGAAGGAUUGGGAAGCCCAGAAAGAAGAGCUGGACCGUCAGGUGGUGGAGCUUACAGACUCUACAGAGAUGGCUGUCCUCGACAAAGAGAUGGCGGAGGAGCGGAGCGAAUCGCUCAAAUUUGAGCUCGACGCCGCUCAGGAACGCAUCGAGGAGCUGACCUCAGAGGUAGAAAUUUUGACGGCCGAAAAGGAGCUGCGCGAUGCUGAGACAGAAGGAGGGCAUGACUCGUCCAGGCAAGCGCUGGGUGAUGAGAGCGUCCAGGACGCCAAGCGCCUUCCAGGCUACGUCCAGCUCGAGCGGCAAAAUGACCGACUCAGAGAUGCGCUCGGCAGACUUCGGGACAUCACAAACGAGACAGAAAGCGAACAGAAGCGCCGCAUCGCUGAGCUCGAGAAGGAGCUCAAUUCUCUUUCAGACCUGCAAGCUCAAUUCGACACGGUCUCGCAACGCCUCGAAACCGCCGAUGCAAUCAUCGAGGACUUGAAAAUACAGCUUGACGAUGCCCUCAGCACUGAAGAGAUGCUGGAGCAGCUGACAGAACGCAACUUGUUGCUCGGUGAGAAGAUCGAAGAGAUGCAUGCGACAAUCGAAGACCUCGAAGCGAUCAAGGAGCUGAAUGACGAGCUGGAAGAGACUCACAUCGACACGGAACGACAGUUGCAAGAGGAGGUGGACCUGAAGGAUCUGCACGUACGGGAUCUUCGCGUGCGCAACGAGAUGCUGGAGGCUAGCCUUGUCGACCACGAAAACACCUUUGCUCAAUUCCGCGAGCUCGUACUGAAUUUGCAAGGCGAUCUUGACACGUUGCGUGCAGAGCAGGCAGAGCAGCAAAGUGCGGCCGUCGCAGAGGAUGGUACACUCGUCAGCGAUGGCGCCGGCGGUCGUACGCUGCAGACCCAAAGUCAGGCCAUGCUCAACUUGAAUCUGAAGCUGCAAAGCUCUGCGCUCAAGUCGCAAGCCAAGACCAUCGAGCUCGAGCUGGGCAAGCUGGAAGCUACGCAAGCCAUGUCCCACCUCGAUAUGAUCAGACCCUACCUACCGGCUGCAUACUUCGAGGCCGACGCCGACGCGGUCGCAAGUCUUCUCUUCUUUAACCGGAUGGCCCACAAAGCAGAGCUCGUCAAGACCAUCGUCGAGGGUCAUCACGACAUUGCAGGUGCGCUCGCCACGGUCGUGCCAGAGCAUCUCAUCGGAGUGUGCGAGAUGCGUCACAGCCUGGCGCACUUUGCAGCGCUUUCUCGCCAGAUCGCGGGCGUUUUGCAACUGGCCUCUGUGCCAACCUUCCUCAAGGCUGGCCGCACCUAUCGAGAGCACGCAUCGAUCGAGCGUCGCAUCGAUUCUUUCAUUGAGGCUUUGCGUCAUGAAGAGCUGAAGGAGGCAGAGUGUGGUCGCGAAUUCGCCAGAUAUGUCAAAGAUUUCGAAGAGUUCUCUUACACCCUUGGCGAAGAGACCGACGCGGAUCUAGCAGCUAAAGAGGUCGGAGCUGCUCAGCUGAUCGAUCUCGACCUGGACACGCUGAACGCGGCUCUGGGCUACACCAAGCAGACGCUUGCUGCGCUCUACAACGAAGGUGAUAACGUCGGAUGGGAGCUUGGAGGCAAGUCGCUGGACGAGGACGUGUUUGCGCCUUUGCAGCAGCUCAUAAACAAUGUCAAGUCCACGAAGGUGCCCGCGCGUAAACUUCUACGUCGUCUAGGUAGCCUAUAUGCCAAUGAUGAGGCGGUUCGCAUCGAGGCUAUCACCGCGUUACCUUCCACCGGUCUCCUCAGCAGUCAGCUUGUACGGUUCGCUAAAGAACUCGCACAGUCCACGACGACUCAGGUUGCAGAGGUGCGAGCGGCCCGUACACCUUUCGUCAUGUCGGACUUUGUCUCAGCUUUCAACGACGCGUUGCGCGAAGGUCUUGCAAAGAGCGACGUCAAUCUCUGGGCGACCCCGCUAGCAUCCACAGAACACUUAACGAGUACGAUCAGUCUGCUGCUCAGUGCAGCUACCGAGCAGGAGAACGUGACAAAAGUGUCUGGCUCUCUGCCUUGGAUGACGCGCGUUGAAGAAAUUAAAGCGGAAGCGGAGUUGCAUCACGAUGCUGAAGCCGAGCGAGCAUUGGCGAAGCUACAAGAAGAUCUUAAAGACCUGUCGCGGCAGCUCAAGACGCGCGAAUCGGCGCUCGAAGAGGCCAAUAUCAAAGUGGAGCGCACCAACAAGCAGAACGAAAAGUACAAGACAAAGCUCGAUGAUGUCGCUACUAUUCAGAGCUCACUCGUGGAGGCACAGCGCCAGUCACGUGUCUAUCAAGAGAUGAACGCUAGCCUUCAGUCAGAAUUGGAGACGGCAGAGCGCGCCAACGAUAUUCUGAAACAGCAGCAGUCGAGCAAAGCAGUGUCUGGCGGUCCGGGAGGCGCGAGCGCAGCGCCUGGCGCUUUUGCAGGAACAGGAGCAGACUCAGCAGAGAAGACCGCUCAGUCCAACGUGCCUUCCGGCUUCAUGUCCGGUGCCUCGGGGACGUUCGAAACAGCGUAUCUGGCAGAUCAGGUGGAAGCCUUGCGAGGAGCGCUCGCGAUUCUGAGAACCGAAAAUUGCCGACUGAAGGGUGCUGGACUUCUGCAACAAUUCGAAGCGCUACCUCGUGUCUAUGCACCAUCUGCAAGCUUGCUUGAUGAUGCUAGGACCGUCGAGAAAGAGAAGCCUUGGAAGACGCCUGGCUUGCCGGCACCACGAACAGUUCCCAACAGAAAGGGACCAACAUCUGUGGCGGAUGCAGCUCGGGAGAGCAAAGCUCUGUAUGCCAGGCUUUUGGAGCAAGCUGCUUCACCACGCGUGAUCAGUCUGGUACCCGAAGACGCCGGCGUGCCCGUGAAAGCUGCGCGUCCAAAAGCAACUUCUUGGCAGCGCAUCUCCUCCACUCCCAGCUGGCAAUUGCGAGCUCAAGAACAAGAAAGAGCAGAUACACGCAAACAGGUGCAGAAGCUCGCUGACUUUUAUAGUGCUCAACUCAACACGUUGCAUGGCCCGGCGCGCCAUCGCGGACGUGCCUUGAAAGGUGCUUCUCCCAAAUUAGCGGCUAUUCCCGAUGUGCCCAUGCUCGCCUGA